AUCCGACGCGUCCUUCCCGUCGAGACUCUCGCGUUUCGCGCGUUACGUCGCUGGCGCGCAUGCGCGGGAGGAAGCGGCGGCGGUGGCUCGAAUCGGGCGCGAAUUCGAGUGCGUCUCGCGCCGGGCGACGAGGAUGCGGAAAGGCGGGAAGAUGGCGGCGGUGGAGUCGAACAGGACGAGAUCCGCCGACGUUACGUGCGGCGAAGACGCGAUGACGACGACGACGACGCCGACGACGGCGACAGAGAAGGCGGAUGCGGCCGCGCCGCGACGUCGCCUCGAGCGUUACCGAUUCCACAUCGUCGAUUUGCUGUACUACGCGCUUUCGGUCAGUUUCUUUUUCGCGGACGUAGCAACAGACAUCAUUGUAUGUGUGGAAUACCUUUUGCAAGGCCACUCAGCGUGGGGAUGCUUUGCAAUGGGUUUCACCAUCUUACCCGCUUGUGUUACUCAACUAUUUAGUUUGAGAUGGCAUCACAGCGACGGUUCCCUGCGGACUGUUCACUGGUUAUUGCACUUCUUACUACUCGGCUUUUUGCACAGGUACUUGACGUUGCUUUACACCGCAAUGCACUCUUUGAGGAAUAAGUCGAGCUUCAGCAAAGACAAGAAUUGGGUGUAUCGACAAGAAAGCGAUAUUUGUAUGUUACAUUUGUUUGAAUCAUUUAUGGGAGCUACGCCACAGUUGAUACUACAGUUGUACAUUAUUGCAACAUUACAUCAUGCUCCAUUUUGGACGAGCGCUUCAGCUAUAGCUUCCUUCUGUUCCUUGACGUGGGCCGUGAACACAUACAUUAGGGCCAUGCACAAUAUCAAUCGCGAGCGCAGCAACGCGACCUGGAUCGCUCUCGUUCUUCAGGCUUUGUGGCGCGGUGGUAUGCUGCUAUCUAGAAUCGGAGUUCUCGUGUUGGCUGCCGUUUUCCUCAGAACGUGGUUUUUUUUAUUUCUGGGCCUGCAUUGGUUAUUUAUGACCAUCUGGGUGAUCCUACAAAAGACAGAGUUUUGUCCAACCAUGUGGGAAGAGCGCAUCUACAAUUGCAUCAUCGGGCUGAUCUAUUGCUUCGAUUUUUUCAACUUGCGCGAAGGUCGAUCGCGUUACCGUGUACUUGUCUUUUAUACAGUGAUCGUGGCACAGAACUUGAUCCUCCUGACUAUGUAUACGUUACAUUUUAAGGAUACGAUUGCAAACGAUACGAUGAUCGCGAUAGCAUCUGUGAUAAUCGGCGGUAUGCUCGUCGGCUUGACGAGCAUGUCAUUAUACUAUGGCAAAUUUCAUCCAUCCAAGAUGAUGAUGACGAACGGCAUUUCUCGAAAUAUCAACGAGCAUUCGCAUGCUACGAAUACUGUCAAAACCGAGACUCCCAGCAAAUCCUUCAAGCUAUUCCAUCGCGGCUCUCUAGUGUCAUUACACCACUCUAUCGACAUUUCGCCGAGGACAGAGGAAGGAGAGGUGGCCACUGACAAGCAGUCCCUAUUGACGAAUAUCGCGCAAAUUUCCGAUUGCGCAGAGGAGGGCAUCGUGAAUCGCAACUACAAUUCGGAGAACGAAUCCAAUGCGAGCGUCGUACGCGUUUCCACCGAGUGCGAGAGGUCGCACAGUCGCAUUGGCGGCAAACACAAGGAGGAGAUUGCGUCGAACGAUAAUCCGGACAAUGCACUCACCGGUAGCUCGGCACCCCUAUACCCGGGCUUGCUGGAUAUCGACUCAUCCCGUAAACGUCACGGCAUUUACGAACAUGAUAUCACGCCGCAAUUGGAUUGGCACGCGCCGGAUAUAUUAAACAUUGACCUCCUUGAUCAGCUUAGUAAGCUCGACAACUCCGAGCGGAAUAAUUCUCUCUCGUUCAAUUCCUGCUCCAGCAAAGUGAUCGGCGCAUUGGACGUUAUCAAGAACAGAGGAAAAUUGACAACUCCGACGCCGUUGGAGAGUAGCAGAAUAUUUGAUAUAGAAAAGCAACAGCGCGACGAAACAAUGAGCUGUGUGACAUCAAUCCAUGACUACGAGAAUGUAUGUCCAUUGGGGAUCGCUCGACCACCAUGGUGUAUACGUAGCUGGAAAGGCUACACGGACAUCGAGACGUACAUUCACGAUGACAGUGUAGUACGUGAUCGACGACGGGACACAUUGACGAGUACGACCGGCACGACGUACAGCUCGGAAUAUUCCGAUGGAAUGAUUUCGCGAGGGAUAUUAAAGCAGGAUGAUUAUGCGGAUGCCUUGACUUAUGAUUUGGUAGAAUCUAAGGAGGAAUCUAAAUCAGCUUAUGGCGACAACGCGUUUUCCACAUCCGCCGUGGGCAAUCAGAGCGCUAGUCUGUAUGUCGCCAAACCGGUAGUAAUCGAUGAUAGAGGUGGCAUGCUCGCGCUGGAUACGAUACUGGAAGAGCGCGACGAUUCGUCGGAUGAAAAGUUUCCGCACACAAUAGAACCAUCACGCGAUUCUGCGAGCACUCUUGUAAGUACGAUAGAUCAGAUCAGACGGUACACGGCAGAGAACUCGCCGCGACACAUCUAUCACAUCACGGAGACUCAGUGGGAGGAUUUGAAUCCCAAAAACUUGAUGGCGCGAGCGCGCUUCGCCCAAGUACUAUUCGACAGUGAUCUCAAGAACACAUCGACGACGGUCGAUCCGGUCGAUCUUACUGCGCGAGACGUCGAGAAACGCGAAAUAGAUGCGAUCAGAGAAUUUGUCCGGUGUUGUGCGAUAGAAUCCAUCAAGAAGACGCCUCUGAUAGACGCCAUUCUUUCGGAUUCGCCGGUCCUUGGCAGCAGAGCGAACAAGCUGGUGCGACAGGUUACGUUUGCGGAUCGUAAGAAUGAUUUCGACGCUAACGAGAGCGAUUUGUACGUCGAGAUGAGUCCCCUGGUGUCCGUCGAGAACGGCGAGAAUCCAUGCCAGACUCGGCUCGCCGAGAAUACUAUAGAGACGGAAAUAUCCACCAAGAGAAACAACUCUACGAUAUCAGAGAAAUCACCAGACAAGGAGAAUCUGGCUCCGAUCGCGUCGAACAAUAAUAUCAGGCGGAUCAACAAUAUGAUGUACGAUAACAGUGAUAGUUGUGACAGACGUGCUUGGACCAUAGAAAGAGACGAUAAGAAUGACAAAUCGUUUUGCAGCGUGCAUUUCAAUCUCAAGGAAAAAAGACACUUAUUUCUUGAGCAGGUUCUCUCGCCGGUUCCAAAACUCUGGAACAAGCGUAUCUCUUUUCACCCGAGCACCAAAAAAUUAUAGUUAAUGGCUUUUCGACUCGAGCGAAACUUGUUGAACUUUCAUAAUCAAAAAUUAACUGGAAGUU